ACACGAUGAAGGGAUACUGAGCACUGGAUGAGCUCGAUUUAUGGCGACAAGGUUCAUUGCGAGCAUUCUGCUAAGCCUUCCAGAAAAUAUACGUGGAGUUGAUCUACUAAUGAAGGUUCUGGUGUUCUUGUGUCUAGUCUCAGCUACAGCCGCUUUGCCUUUCGUCGGUACCGUGCAAUCAGUAGCAGUCACGGGCAAACUCACUUGUAAUGGAAGACCGGCAGAGAACGUCAAGGUUAAGCUCUACGAAAGAGAAGUCUUGCUGGACAAACUUCUCGAUGAGAAAUUCUCAGACUCCAAGGGUGAAUUUAAACUUUCUGGUAACAAGAAGGAGCUCACCACUAUCGAUCCAAAAGUGAACAUCUAUCACAAGUGCAAUUACGAUGGGCUUUGUUUCAAGAAAAUAUCCGUCAAGAUUCCCAAGAACUACGUCACGGAAGGUGAAACACCAGACAAAGUGUUUGACAUCGGAGAACUCAAUCUUGCUGGAGCAUUCUCUGGCCAGAGUACUGAUUGCCUUAACUAAAUUCGAUCUAGCUCAAUAACCUUACACUCGUCACAUGUCAAUUCUCGAAAUCUCAUAAAUUCUUAAACACGGUUGGAUGAAC